AUGGCGAUGAACUUUGGGGACCAUGCCAGCGGGUUCCGUCACAAUGAUGUGAUCAGGUUCAUCAACAAUGAAGUCCUCAGGAAUGGCGGCGGCCCAGCCUUUUACAUGGCCUUCCGCUCGCGGCCGUGGAACGAGGUAGAGGACCGGCUUCGGGCCAUUGUGGCCGACUCGCGGGUGCCCCACGCCAUUAAGAGGGCCUGUACCUGGAGCGCUUUGGCUUUGAGUGUGCGAGUGGCUGCGAGGCAGCGGGAGCAGCUGCUGUACCGUGUUCGGCGGCUGCAAAUGCAUGUGGAGGAGCGCCAGAUGACCUCCUGGGCUCUAACCUCCCAGCUGCAGCAGCUGCGCCUGCAGCAUGAGGAGGCGGCAACACAGCUGCACCUCACGCAGGCCGCCCUGCAGCAGGCGCUGAAUGAGCGUGAUGGGUUAUGCGGUAGGCUGCGCGAAGUUGAGAGAUCCAUGCAGGUCUAUCCGAUACCUCAGGAUUUUGUACCUGGUCCAGAAGCCGGCCAGUAUGGGCCUGUGGCUGGGACUUUAAAUGCAGAACAGAGUGAGGCGGUGACCACAGAGGCACAGGGAAUGCCACAUUCGGAAGCCCAGAUAGCAGCCCCAGCAGCUGUGUUUUACAUGCCUGAACCCCAGAGUGGCAGGGUCCAGGGCAUGCAACCCCUUCUGCCAAUGCAGGCGCCUCAUCCAGUCCCAUUUCAUGUGCCUUCACCAAUGGGACUGCCAUACUCAACACCUCUACCACCCCCGGUAAUAAUGGAAUCAGCAGCAGCAAUUGCACCACAGAUGCCUCCUGCAGGGAUCUAUCGACCUGGUCUUUGGGCCACAGUGGGGUCCCAGGGGGAGACGGCCCCUCUGUGGGACCAGAAGUGCCAUGGCCAGGAUGGAUAUCCUGAGAAUUUCCAAGGAGUAUAUCUCCCAGGGGAUAACAGAAGCUGCAACCAAAAGGAAGGUUCUGAGUGUCCCCAAGGAAUGACCUCCCAAGGGGACAGCAGCAGCCACAGCCUGAAGAAAGAUCCAGUGAUGCAACAGGACACAGCUCCCCCAGAGUUUAGCAGGAGCCACAGCCUGAAGAAAAAACCAGCAAUGCCCAAGGAGAUGGUCCCCCUAGGGGACAGCAACAGCCACAGCCUGAAGAAAGAUCCAGUUGUGCCCAAGGAGAUGAUCCCCCUGGGGGACAGCAACAGCCACAGCAUGAAGAAAGAUCCAGUGAUGCCCAAGGAGAUUGUCCCCAUAGGGGACAGCAACAGCCACAGCCUGAAGAAAGAUCUAGUUGUGCACAAGGAGAUGGUCUCCCUGGGGGACAGCAACAGCCACAGCAUGAAGAAAGAUCCAGUGAUGCCCAAGGAGAUUGUCCCCAUAGGGGACAGCAACAGCCACAGCCUGAAGAAAGAUCUAGUUGUGCACAAGGAGAUGGUCUCCCUGGGGGACAGCAACAGCCACAGCAUGAAGAAAGAUCCAGUGAUGCCCCAGAAGAUGGUCCCCCUGGGGAAGAGUAGCAGCCACCACCUGAAGAAAGAUCCAGUGAUGCCCCAGAAGAUGGUCCCCCUGGAGGAGAGCAACAGCCACAGACUGAAGAAAGAUCCAGUGAUGUGCCAGGAGAUGGUCCCCCUGGGGGACAGCAACAGCCAUAGCCUGAAGAAAGUUCCAGUGGUGGCCCAGGGCACAGUUCCCCUGACAUUUAGCAGGAGACACAGCCUGAAGAAAGUGCCAGUGAUGCCCAAGGAGAUGGUCCCCCUGGGGGACAGCCACAGCCUGAAGAAAGAUCCAGUUGUGCACAAGGAGAUGGUCCCCCUGGGGGACAGCAAUAGUCACAGGAUGAAGAAAGAUCCAGUGAUGCCCCAGAAGAUGGUCCACCUGGGGGACAGCAGAAGCCACAGCCUGAAGAAAGAUCCAGUGAUGCCCCAGAACGUGGUGCCCCGGGGCACAGCUCCCCUGACAUUUAGCAGGAGACACAGCCUGAAGAAAGUGCCAGCGAUGCCCAAGGAGAUGGUCUUCCUGGGGGGCAGCAACAGCCACAGCCUGAAGAAAGAUCCAGUGGUGCCCCAGGGGACAACCUCCCUGGGGUUUAGCAGGAGGCACAGCCUGAAGAAAGAGUUAGUGAUGCCCAAGGAGAUGUUCCCCCUGGGGGACAGCAACAGCUACAGCAUGAAGAAAGAUCCAGUGAUGCCCAAGGAGAUGGUCCCCCUAGAGGACAGUCACAGCCUGAAGAAAGAUCCAGUGGUGCACCAGGAGAUAGUCCCCUUGGGGGACAGCAACAGCCACAGUCUGAAGAAAGAUGCAGUGAUGCCCAAGGAGAUGGUCCCCCUAGGGCACAGCAACAGCUACAUCCUGAAGAAAGAUCCAGUGAUGCACCAGGAGAUGGUCCUCCUAGGGGACAGCAACAGCCACAGCCUGAAGAAACAUCCAGUGAUUCCCCAGGGCACAGCCUCACUGAAGUUUAGCAAGAGCCACAGCCAGAUGGAAGGUCCGGAGAGGCCCCAGGCAACCUCUCUGGAGGAUAGCAAGAGCCAUGGUGUGAAAAAUAGCCCAUGGAAACACCAGCCUCAGGGGCAGAAGGUCAAGCAACGAAAAAGGAAAAAGGCCUCAGAAUCCCAGCAACAGAAGCCUGCCUCAUGCUCCAGCCCAGUGAAUUGGGCCUGCCCAUGGUGUAAUGCCAUGAAUUUUCCAUGGCACAAGGUGUGCUAUAAAUGCAAGAGAGUCCAUAUGCCAGUUGAGAAUGGCAGCGUUGACCCAGCGUAA